AUGGCGUUAAAAAGUCUCGUGUUGAUCCACCCAGCCAGACGAAUCGCUUCCCCGUUGGCUCUUCGUUUUUCAACUUUUCAUCAAAUCCAGACACAAAAUGUUGCAACAUCUUCAAUUGUUCGAUUUUCUUCUACUACUUCAGCCGAGCCAUUCAAACCGACCUCUGAAGGGGAGAAAAAACGAGAACAACAGCGUUUAAGGCGAGGAUAUGCAAUUGGAGGAUCAGUGCUGGUCGUUUGGUUGUCAACCCAUGCUCUAUUAUUAUGGAAACGAAGAAAUGAGCACCACGAUCUGAACAAAAAGUUGCCGCCGAUGAACUUGGAGGACUUUGUUGUCAAAUAUCUAGCGAAUGGAGAGGUAAAAACUAUCGUCUUUCAACCUUCGUUUAAUGUGGCGAACGUGUACUUAAAUAACGAACUUGAAAACGAGGCUCGUAAAACGGCUUACCAAAUGUUUUCAUUUGCCCCCGAUCGUUUUGCCAGACCACCCGAUGUGAGAUUCACUUAUGAAGGUGACAGGGACUCGCUACAGAAAACUUUAUCUGCUGCACUAAAGGCGUUUUUUCCGUCUGGUGGGGCACCUAACUACGAAUUCGAGAUUGACCAAUUCCCUUCAUAUAGAGAACUCUCGUUCAUCAUCGCGAGCACUGCUUUUGCUUUGGUGGCCGUACUUCUCUCAAAA